CUCAAAGAUUCCACAAUUCCUACCUACUAAAAGUAGAUUCUUGCCUCUUUGGAUUCGUACCACACAUACGUAUUUGUAUGUAUUCCCCUCUUGCCUUAUGUAUUCCUCUUCCUUUGGGCUUGUCUCGUCGUACGGUAUCCCACCCUAGGCUUCGGUUCUCUACAUGUAAUCUUUCCUGCCCCCAGUACCUAGAAUAUAAUCUUUCUCGCCCCCAGUAGAAUAUUCAACUAUUCUCCCUAUUACCUUUUCUCCCCACUAGAAUAUCGAAGAACUCCUAGUCUUCUUCCUCCUCUUCCUACUUUUCUCAGCUAUGCUACCCCUACGGUGAUAAAGAGAAAAAGGGCUCUCCCAUGUUUCCAUCCAAGGUCCCCCGCGUCUUUGUCCUCGCCAGCGCCGUGCUCCUGUUCCUCGUCACUUACACGACCCUUCAUCUGUAUCAUCGUGUCCCGCCCUCAUAUCCAGCGGCGGAUCCUCAAAUCCUUCCGAACAAAGAUGCGAUAACCCAAGAGGGGCAGUCGGAUGCCAAUGAUGUCGUGGCCGCAGAUAUUAUUACUGAAAUUUUAGCCCCAGCUAUUACUACUCCCACUCCGAGUCCUACUAGUAAAGAUGAAGAGCCAGCCUGGAAGCCAAAAACUGGUAAUGCGCUCUCUCAACCAUCAGCUCAGCCUACUAGCAUCAGUGACGAUACUGCCGCAGGGGAUAAAUCCGGAGAAGAGGAGCAUCAACAACCGCUUCCCGAUCAUAAGCUCUGUUCCAAGGAAUUGGAGUUUCUGAUGCGCUCAAGCAUCGAUCUGGGAUUAACCGAGCGCGUGCACUACUCCCGCCGCUACAUUAAGUCCAUAUUCUCCGAUACUGUCGACAGAGACGAGAUCGUCAACAUCACAGAGCCUCUCGUUAAAAGCGAGGUAGAAAUCGAUCUACACCAAUGCGGAGAUGCCAUAAUUCCUCAGUCUGAGCCUAUCAACCUAGUUGUCCCGAAGCCUCAUCCGAAGACCACGUUUUCUCACCUUAUGUUCGGGGUGGCAACGGAUUAUAAACGUCUCAACGACUCGAUUAUCCCUUUUGCCCAUUGGAUUUCUGGAACUGGCGCCAAGCUUGUCGCUGUCGUCACAGAUGCCAAAAAGAAAUCACCUGAAGAUAUACAGCGACUACAGCGUAGUUUUGAGAUAGCUGAUAUCAAUGUGACUUUGGUGAAGCCUAUUAGUGGGGACUUCUCGACAUCGCAGAAUCAUGUUGCUGUCCUUAUCAAUAUGCUCCAACAAGACAGUCCCGAUACCCAAUGGUACGGUCUCAUAGACGACGAUACCUUCUUCCCGAGUUUGAAACCUCUGUCGGACAGCCUCGGCACGUUGGAUCACAAGACCGAUACUUACGUCGGUGCGCUCUCGGAAGACUUCCAGUCUGUCCGGAGCUUUGGUUUCAUGGCGUUCGGUGGCGCUGGUGCAUACCUGUCGGCUCCGCUCGCCAAGAAGCUUAGUGACCAAGCUCUCCAAUGUAUCCACGACGCAACUACCCAAGAGGGAGAUACUAUCCUUCGGGACUGCGUAUACUAUAACUCCAAAGCCAAACUUACUAUUCUCCCGGGCCUGUACCAGCAGGAUUUAACGGACGAUGUCAGCGGAUUUUUCGAAGCUGGGUUAAAGCCUUUAAAUCUUCAUCAUUGGAAAAGUUGGUAUAAGGCACCUGUCGAGAAGAUGGCGAAAGCUGCCAGGUUUUGUGGGGAUUGUUUCUUGCAGCGCUGGCGGUUCGGUAAUGAUACGGUCUUGUCAAAUGGAUUUUCCAUUGUGGAAUACCCAAACGGUGUGGAUUCCGUCAACCUACAACUAAUGGAGGGCACGUGGGGUAAAGCCGACAGCAAAGACUUCGAUUUUAGCCUUGGUCCGCUCAGACAACCUUACCCCCCGGAUCAGAAGAAGAGCUAUAAGCUGAGAGGAGCCGAGUUCACGGAGAGUGGGGAUCUAAGGCAGCUGUAUGUGCGGAUUGCGGACGCUUCUAAGGAUGGAGAUGAACUCGACCAGGUGAUUGAACUGAUAUGGCAAGGGCAUUAAAUAGCGGGCGUUAAUGGAGGCGGCACAUACAUGUUCUCGGAUUAGACUGUUUACUUUGGCGUACAUCUUUGGUCUGCAUAGAGUCUUCACUUGGGGAUGGCGGCAUUGCAUAUGUACUUGUAUUUAAGAGGUACUAUUGACC